CAAAACAAAAAUCGAAAUCCCCUCAGCCUUGUAAUUUAACCUAAAUUACCCACUCCCUUCUCUCCGUCCGUUCACGCACGGUCACACCCAGCGGCCACGCCCGUCUCCCACACCUGUCAACCAUCUGCUAUUCUGCUCAGCUCUUCCCAUCCAGCGACAAAGUCUUACUGUUCCAUAUGGGGGAGCUGGCAGUUGACAAACAUGUUCAGUACAUCGUAUCUAUUGAUAAGAAAAAGGAUAGUUUUGAAUCGGUAGUGAUGGACCAUCUUAGAAUGAAUGGGGCAUAUUGGGGAUUAACAACCUUAGACCUUCUGGGGAAGCUUGAUUCCAUUAACGCAGGUGAAGUUGUUUCUUGGACCAUGGAAUGCCAACAUGAAUCUGGUGGUUUUUCUGGCAAUAUCGGGCACGACCCACAUAUAUUGUAUACUCUUAGUGCUGUGCAAGUGCUUGCUCUUUUCAACAAGUUAGAUGUUCUUGACAUUGAUAAGGUUGCAACUUAUAUUGCUGGGCUGCAAAACGAAGAAGGAUCCUUUUCAGGUGACAUGUGGGGUGAGGUGGAUACACGGUUCUCUUAUAUUGCCAUCUGUUGCCUUUCAAUAUUACGUUGUCUGGAUAAAAUCAAUGUUGAGAAGGCUGUAGGCUAUAUUCUGAGUUGCAAAAAUCUGGACGGUGGCUUUGGAUGCACACCUGGUGGCGAGUCUCAUGCAGGGCAAAUUUUCUGUUGUGUGGGUGCUCUUGCCAUAACUGGAUCUCUACAUCAUGUUGAUAAGGACCUUCUCGGGUGGUGGUUAUGUGAGCGGCAAGUCAAAUCUGGAGGUCUCAAUGGCCGCCCCGAGAAACUUCCUGAUGUUUGCUACUCAUGGUGGGUUCUUUCUAGCUUGAUCAUGAUCGACAGAGUUCACUGGAUAGACAAGGAAAAGCUCGUUAAGUUCAUAUUGGACUGUCAGGAUCUGGAAAAUGGUGGAAUUUCAGAUAGACCUGAUGAUGCCGUCGAUGUCUUCCAUACAUAUUUCGGAGUUGCCGGACUUUCACUUCUCGAGUAUCCAGGAUUGAAAGCCGUUGAUCCAGCUUACGCUUUACCCGUCGAUGUCAUAAACAGAAUUUUCUUUGGCAGAUAAUUGGUUUUGCGUUCUUCCUUAGAAAAUUCCAUAUUUAUUGUCACUCCCCAUGUUAAAUGCCAAAAUCUUUGGUUCCACUACAUUUUUACAUAUACAGACUGAACACAUAAUUUGCACCGUCAAAC